GAUACACCGGUCGACACAUGCCGUCUUAUUAUUAGCGAAUAAAUGGUUACUUCGAAGUGCUGAAGAAAGCAGAAAGCAAGACGAUAGUCAAAGAAAGGUUGAGUUAUGGGUCACUACACCAGAAAGAGCUGUCGCUUUUUUGUGACGAUGACACUGACAGCAACCUUCUUCGUAGUGGACCUUGUUACAUCACUAAGUCUUAGUGGCCUUAGUGUCGGACUCUUUCCACAUGCUGUCUGACAUCAUGGCUUUGCUCAUCGGUGUCCUUGCCAUAAGAAGAAAUUGUGAGAUUCAAAAUGAAUAUUCCUCCGAAUCAGACGAUAUACAUCAACAACUUGAAUGAAAAGAUUAAAAAAGAUGAGUUGAAGAAGUCCUUAUACGCCAUCUUUUCUCAAUUUGGUCAAAUUUUGGACAUUGUUGCUUUGAAAACCCUGAAAAUGAGAGGACAGGCCUUUGUUGUCUUCAAGGAUAUCAACAGUGCAACUAAUGCCUUGAGAUCAAUGCAAGGUUUUCCAUUUUAUGAGAAGCCUAUGAGAAUACAGUAUGGGAAAUCCACGUCAGAUGCUGUUUCCAAACUGCAAGGUACAUUUGUACCUAGAGAAAAGAGACCUGAAAAGAGGAAGCCAGAACCUGCACCAAUUCCAACAAAGAAGAGUAAGAAACUUGAAGCAGCGAAGCAGAGCGCUAAUCUAGCUGCAGCUGCAGCAGCAGCUUUGGGUCAAGGGCCACCUCCAAUGAUGGGCCAGAUGCCACCUGGUAUGAUGGGACAACCUCCACCAAUGCAGAUUCAACAAACGCCAUCUGCGCCAGUUCCUGAGGAGCCUAAUUCAAUUCUCUUCAUAAACAAUCUUCCUCAAGAUACAAAUGAAAUGAUGUUGAAGAUGCUGUUUACCCAAUUCCAAGGUUUCAAGGAAGUACGACUUGUACCUGGACGUCAUGAUAUUGCCUUUGUUGAAUUUGAGAAUGACACACAAUCAGCAAUUGCUAAGGAUGCUCUCCAAGGGUUCAAGAUCUCGCCAACAGCAGCAAUGAAGAUUACAUUUGCAAAGAAAUAAACUCAUAUCAUUGUAGAUUAUUCUACAGUAAUGCAGAUCAUCUUGAAAGACCAUGUUGUUUUCAAUUGUUUGAGUAAGGAAAUUGACUUUUGACAUAACUUCAGUGUAAUGUGUUUGGUUUAUAUAAAUAAUGGUCAACAAUAUGUCCAAUCAAACUAAGGGUGAUGUGCAAGAUAACUUCAAACGGCAGACAUUACUUUUGCCUUCUGGUCGACUCAUUUUAAAUUGGUAAAAGCAGAUGACAACUGUUUCACUAGUAAAUGGUGUUUGAAGCUAGUGCUGAGGUCAUAUGACUUGGAACAGUGUUAGAACUUGGAAUAUUUGUCUACAACAACCUGUUUAAUAGCGGAAGAAACAAUUGUGUAUAUUUGAAAUGAUUUCCGACAUAACCUUUUGUUGUUUGGAUGUCAAUGUUGCAUUGCACAUUUUAGCACAUUGGUGUUCAGGAUUUUGUCUUUCAGGUGAAUACAGUGAACUUCUUCAAACAAUUUGCUGCACUUAGAUCCGAAGGUGAAUAUCAAGACAAAUUAACAUUCCUUAAACUAUCAAAGGGUCGGCUUUGAUGAGUGUUUCAUAACAUCCUUGCAUUCCCCGUCAAUGACAUGGGUUCUUCUUAUAUACAUAUCCUGUUGAAUGUUCAUUGCUUUGCUUAAUCAAACAUUAUGUUGAGUGUAUUAUUUGUGAAAAUGGCGAAGAAUGUGACCCUCUUCAAUAAAGAAAUUAAAAACAUUUCUUUUUUUGCAAAAAGUGAAGAGAUACUGAAUGGUGUGAAAGUAUUAACAUGCUUGUAUUCAGUUUGGUCUUAAUGUGAAACAAAUGCUGUGUCAAUUUAUAAGUAUUGCACACUAGUACAUUUGUUCACACUAAUAUUAAAACAUACUUCUACUGAAAACAACUUGACUUAAUCCAUUUAAAGAUGCAUCUAUUAUAAAACGGGUGUAUUAUACAUUAAUACAUUUAAAACAGGCGCAUGUUGAGUUCUAUGUUAGGCUUUGUGUGGUUGACCUAUUUUCCUGAUUGUCAGUGUGACUUUGCACUCUCGGCGCAUUGACAAUCAUCUCUUACAGUUGAAUGCACUCAACCAUGGAGAGGUCAAAGGUGUGUGACUCUCGGCGCAUUGACUAUCAUUUCUUACAGUUGAAUGCACUCAACCUUGGAGAGGUCAAAGUUUGCACUCUCGGCGCAUUGACAAUCAUCUCUUACAGUUGAAUGCACUCAACCUUGGAGAGGUCAAAGGUGAUGCGGCUUCAAAGAAGGUAUGAGGACUUAAGUGAAAUACACAAUGUAGUAAUACAUGCACCAGUUAUUGAGUUCUUUUUGUUUUUAUGCUGUUAAUAUUGUAAGUGAUAAAGAAAAUAUUGUUAUAACAAAUGUCCAUUUAUGAAACAACUCUAACUUAAAGUAGCUUUCUUGGGGAGUCUUGUAAAUGGUUUCUUAAAUGUCUAAUAGUUUUCACUCGCUUAAGACACCCCACUAUCGAUUAUUCUUAGCAAAAUUACGUUUUCUUUAUAUGAAUACUGUUAUUAUUAUGUGCGAGGUACAUGUAGUUCAAACACCUUAACACAAGCUUGAUCCAACGGUCACCAGAAGCCGUGUCUAUAGGAAAUGCAUUCAGCAAAAUGUUAAUACAAAAGUAGUAUUUUGGCAGUUCUUGCAGGAUUGACUCCAGAUUUUGUUAAAAUUAAUACAAGAAAUGUCUUAGAAAGGUGAAAUACGUGUUUUUAAUUACACACGAACGUAUGCAUGGAAAAUGCAAAACCUUGGCGCGUGCUGCAGAUGAAAAGAAACUACUUUCCCCGGAUUUCGUUUUACUGGGUAGUCCUAUGUUUUCAUUAAAAUAAUAGUAACAGUUUUUUUCGUUGACCAAAGUUCGAUAACCAUUUCAUUUUAAAGUUAUUUUAGUUUUUUUGUUUUCUACAUGUAAAUGUUUUUUUCUGCGUACCGAUCUUGUGUGCGGUUUUUUGUACAGGAAUAUUAAAACUAAAUUUGUAUAC